GAGUUGUUGAUGAUAUUCGUUUGAGGAAAUUCAACGACGAAAUCAUGCCUGAUCCAGUCAAAGCACCGAAGAAAGGCUCCAAGAAGGCCGUGUCUAAAGCCACCAAGACCGGCAAGAAGAAGAGGAAGACCAGGAAGGAGAGCUACGCUAUCUACGUGUACAAGGUGCUGAAGCAGGUCCACCCCGACACCGGUAUCUCCUCCAAGGCCAUGGGCAUCAUGAACUCCUUUGUGGGAGACAUCUUUGAACGCAUCGCCGGUGAGGCUUCCCGCCUUGCUCACUACAACAAGCGCUCCACCAUCACCUCCAGGGAGAUCCAGACCGCCGUCCGCCUGCUGCUGCCCGGUGAGCUGGCCAAACACGCCGUGUCUGAGGGCACCAAGGCCGUCACCAAGUACACCAGCUCCAAGUAAACCUGCCCCUAGUCCCAACAAGUCAAAGGUCCUUUUCAGGACCACCCACACCUUCACCUGAGAGCUUUAUUCCUGUCACACUGCUGCCUCCUUAUUUCUGUCUUGUCUUUGUUGUAACAAAUGUAUAAAAACUGUAAAUUCUACAUGAACAAUUACAUUUUAAUGUAUAGUGUUAGUUGCAAGAAGGAAGUAUAAAUACCAAUUUAAUUCAUUUUCAGAUUGACAAAAUAAUACACAUGUACAUAAAGAUGUUUCUAUUUGUCUCA